GGAUUUCUCCGCAAACAUACCCCCCUCCCCGCCCCCGCAAUUCCACUCUUUCUAUCCAUGAUGUAUAUGUUCCAUUCUACUUGUUUACACCACCAACAGUCACCAGUGGAAUCUGUAUAGUACUUACUCCAUCCCAUUCCCCAAACUCACACUCAGCAUCAAAUUAACAAGCACAGCAUCCAUCUCCAACCCAACCCACAUUCUCAACUCUCACCACCACCACCACCACAACCAAACCAAACAUAACCAUGCCCCCCGCAACCCCCCCAACCGACUCCGACUGGAAAGCCCUCAUCACCACAACCCUCCAACAGCUCCAAUCCACCACCACCACCACCAGCUUCCCAACCUACCCGCUCCCCGCGCACCCCAGCCUCACAAUCGACCACACCCAACUGUCCCCGACCGCCAGCCCCACGCAAAUCGACACCCUCUGCACCGAAGCCCAACGCCACCACUUCGCCACCGUCUGCGUGCGGCUGCCCUACGUCGCCCGCGCCGUGCAGAACCUGUCCGGCAGCAGUAGCGGCAGCAGCUCCCCCCAAACCACCCCAGACAAGCCCGCGCCAACCCCCGGCAUAGCCUGCGUAAUCUCCUUCCCGCACGGCACGGACCCGACCGCUUCCAAGACGCACGAAGCCGCCUCCGCCGUCGCCGCCGGCGCCACCGAGCUGGACAUGGUGCUGAACCGGCCCCUCCUGCAGGCGGGGGAAUACACGGCCGUGUACGCGGACAUCCGGGCCGUGCGGACGGCGAUCCCGGCGGACGUGGUGCUGAAGGUCAUCCUGGAGACGGGGCGGCUGGCGGGGACGGAGGAGGUGGUGGCGGGGAGUGUGGUUGCUUGUCUGGCGGGGGCGGAUUAUAUCAAGACGAGUACGGGGCUUGAUGGGCCCGGGGCGAGGGUGGAGGAUGUGCGGGUGAUGCGGUGGGUUGCGGGGAAGAUGGGGACGGGGACGAGGGUCAAGGCUAGUGGUGGGGUGAGGGGGGCGGAGGACUGGAGGGCGAUGGUGGAGGCCGGGGCGGAGAGGGUGGGGAGUAGUUCGGGGGUGGGGAUUGUGGUGCAGUUGGCUGGGAAUAAGGAAGGAAAAGAGGGGGAGGGGGAUGGGGAGGAGGAGGGGGGGUAUUGA